AAAUGGUUUUAUUCAUGUAACAAACGAAUUAAAAGCAAAUACAGUGAAGUGUUUGGUUGUAAUGUGUCAAAAUGAGUAAAGGGUAAAAAUACUAAUGAGCUUUAGGGAUUUUUGCGCUCCUCUAUUCGUGUAUUUACGGUAGGACGAUCGACCAAUCCCGCAGCACUUGCUCCUGCUUGCGGUUACUUCUUCCAGCCUGGACUCGAUUAACGCAGAGAAGCUGGAUUUGUUUGUUGUUCAUUCAUCCUCUCCGUCUUUUCCUUUUCGUUUUAUUGUUUAUUUUGCAGGACAUCUCUUAUUUGUUCGGUAGAGUCCACCUCUGCUGGUUUUCGGCUCCAUUUUUGCUGUUGUUAUUGUGGAGCGUCAGAGAUCAGAGAUCCAGCAGCAGCAACAGCCGACGUUAAGACCUCCGGGCUUUAAGGAUCAGGUUUUUAUUUAUACACGCUUACCUAAUCAGCUAAAACAGUGGCGCUUUACGCUGUUUUUACAGACUGUCCUCUGCUGUAGAGUGUAAUUUAUCCUGAAAUAAUAUUCUGCUGUAGUAAGACGUUUUUCCGCCCGAGUUCAUGCCAGAUCUGCAGCGCUUCAGUUUUAAAUACCAUAGUAUGAAUCCUUUGUUGGGGGCCAACACGCCUCUCCAACAGCACCCCCAGCAGAGCCCGGGCCCCGGACACCCUGACUCCCCUUCCGCUCUUCUUCCUGAAGCCGCGUUUGGUGGACCGGACCCGGCGUCCCUUCUGCUGCUUGAUCAGGCCGUCCCGGUGCCCGACCAGCCGGGACAACCGCAGAGCUCCCCUUACCUCCACCACACCCACAGCAGCCACUAUCAGCAUCGCGCAGUGCCGCCGCAGCAGAAGCCGCACCCCCCUGCAGCCAUGGCCCUCAGAAACGACCUGGGCUCCAACAUCAGCGUCCUCAAGACCCUCAAUCUGAGAUUCCGAUGCUUUCUGGCCAAAGUGCAUGAACUGGAGCGCAGGAAUAAGAUAUUGGAGAAGCAGCUGCAGCAGGCUCUGGAUGCCAACAAAGGCUGUCAGAGUGGAUGCUGUGAGAACAAGCUGCAUACCCAGGAGGCAGGUGUACAGACUGGGUUUGUGGGGACCAUCCCACUCAGGCCAGGUUCUCUUCCCUUUCACAACACCAACAACUCAGCAAGGAGGCCCACAAGCUUGUUCCCACCAUCACUUGCAACAACAUUCCCACCAGCAGCUACUGAAAACCCCAGUUUAACCCAAACCAAUGCCACCUGUAAUCCAGCCAUCACCAUCAGCCAGUCGUCCCCCUGUGUGGACUCUCCGGUGUUAAAUAAAACAACACAAAGCUGCUCUACCAACCCUCCUCCACGAUUCCUCCCGGGGACCAUCUGGUCUUACAACCACCCCCGUAAGUUUGGCCCAGGAACAGAGCGCCUGACCAGCCCCGGAGUGUCCUGGGUGCAUCCGGAUGGAGUCGGGGUCCAGAUCGACACCAUCACCCCAGAGAUUAGAGCUCUAUACAAUGUCCUAGCCAAGGUGAAGAGGGAGAGAGAUGAGUACAAACGCAGAUGGGAGGAAGAAUACACAAUGAGGAUGGACCUGCAACAGAAGAUUGCAGAUCUUCAAGAGGACCUGCAGGAGAGUGAGGGCUGCCAGGACGAGCUGUCUCUCAGGGUGCAGCAGCUGAAGGCAGAGCUGGUCCUCUUCAAAGGCCUCAUGAGCAAUAAUUUGUCUGAUUUGGACACGAAAAUCCAGGAGAAAGCCAUGAAAGUGGACAUGGACAUCUGUCGGCGAAUCGACAUCACUGCUCGUCUAUGUGACGUCGCACAGCAGAGAAACUGCGAAGAUGUGAUCCAAAUGUAUCAGGUUCCAAACAACCAAUCAUCUCUGAGUAUCCGGCGUAAGCCAACCCCCGUCUCCUUUAAUGGGAGUGAAUGUGACGAACCUGUCAGCACCUCUGAAAGCGACGUGGGCGUGGCUAAAGAAGAGGAGCACUUUGGCUCUUCAGCCAAUCAGAUCAACGAGGAGAUGCAGAGGAUGCUGACUCAACUACGUGAAUGUGAGUUUGAGGAUGACUGUGAUAGUUUGGCCUGGGAGGAGACUGAAGAGACACUGCUUCUUUGGGAGGAUUUCCCAGGAUGCACUCUGCCUCCAGAUCCCACCCACCCACCAGGAGAGGAGGACUGUCUGGAAAAGGUGAUUAAUGACACUGAAUGUCUGUUCAAGUCCCGCGAGAAGGAAUACCAAGAGACAAUUGACCAGAUUGAGCUGGAAUUGGCCACAGCCAAGAGCGACAUGAAUCGGCACCUGCACGAGUACAUGGAGAUGUGCUCGAUGAAGAGGGGCCUGGAUGUUCAGAUGGAGACCUGCAGGAGGCUCAUCACUCAGAGUGGAGACAGUAACCCUGUCAUACCGUCAGAAGAAAGUGACCAGAGAGAAACCGACAGAUCUUCAUCUUCCCCGCCAUCUUCAUCGAGCAAUGGGAGAUCUUGACACUUCGCUAUUCAGCCAUUAAAAGAUGCUGCGUUCAUGUAACCUCUGCUGCAAACGGUGAAAGUACCACACUCUAUACAUGUGAAACUAUGGCGACACUGUGUUUACAUUUGAGAAUAUUUGUUCAACAAAUCAUAUUAAUUGAUGAUUUGUUGUUCAUGCAGAUCAAUCUGACAGAACCCUUAGGAAGCAAACCCUGUGAUGGACUUCAGAGUUCAAGAAAGUUAAGAUUCUACAUUGUGUGUAAAAAAACAAAACAAGCUGGUAUUAAUCUUUGAAAUGCAGGGAGGCAACAGAAAACUACAAACUAACUUAUUUGAAUUUCCAAAUCAUCAUACACCUUAUUUUUUGAUGAUUUAUGAGCAAUAUUUAAAACUUAAGGUAAUCUGUUAUCCAGAGUAAAGUCUUUAAAUAGACUUUAAGGUCUGCUCCUCAUGUAUUUAAAGUCUUUUUGCCCAUAAAUGUCCAAUUAGGAAAUAGGAAAUUGCCACUGUCCUAAAGAUAAUGAGUUGAUUUUUACCAUGUGGUAGUUUCUAAUUAAUGUUUGUGUUUAAAAUUAAAGUAGAUUGCUUGAUUCACAAUUUAUUUGCCUUCCAGAAAUCCUCAUAAGUUAAUAUCACAGGGUAACUUUGUUUGUCAAAUCAACAAAAUGGAUAAACACAAAAAAGUAAUAAAACAGAGUUUGAGUUGGUGCUGGACAUCAUACAAAACAACAAACAUGUCGUGUCCAUCCAGCCAGUUUAGUAUGCAAUGAUUAGGAAAAAAGCUAAAAGACAAUUUUGUCCACUAAUUAUUUAUAGGGUGUGAAUAAUUUCCUGUCCCACCUCUCAGGAUAGAAAUGGCUCCUGUUAGCUGGGCAGCUGCCAAAUAUUAACUUACCACCUCGCUGUAAGUUGCAUGUUACUAAUUUUGGAGUCAGGUUUUAGAGGUGCAAUCUACAUUCUGCGUUUGGAGAACUUUAAACAAGCGUUAUUACUGAGUAGUACAUUUAAAAACAACAACAAUGCACCAACAUGAUAACUGACAGCAUAUCAAAUCGUUGAAGAAAACAUGAAUGCAGUAGACACUGAAUAAUAAUGUUCUCUAGAAUAUUACUUUUAAGAGUUAGCUUAUGGACUGCAGAGUAUAUCAAUGUAAAGAAAAAAGGAGUGCUUUGUUUUAUAAAAAUGGAUGUAUCUGCAAGUAAAACAUUUUUUAAACAUAAUGGUUCUGUGGAGUUAUCAAUUAAAAGCUCACUGUGUGAUCUCUGUUUAGAGAAACUGAAGAACUCCUGACCAGAAACUCAUGCUAACAGCUAGCUAAAGUGGGGGUAAAAAUCUGCUUUCAACCUGGUCCUGCUGUUAGCUUGACUCUCCAGUCAGAACUAAUCUUUGUUUCUCUGAGGUCAGAGGUCAUUCAGACUAACCCACUGUUGGUGAAAAAUGGCUGCUCAUAUAACCGUCCACAGAACACAACUAAGUUUCGGGUUGUAUUAAGAUGGCAGAAAUCUACGUUGAGACCAUCCACACUCUAGUUAGCGGUUAGCUUGAGUCUUGGGGUGGAAAUAAUAUUUAAUUAAUAUAAAUUUAAUUAAUUUUAAUUAAUUCUUCAAACCGAGGUAAUUUAAACUUAUUCACUACAACUAAAAUAUUUAUUGCACAUAACUGCACAGAACCCCACCUCAAACAAAUCAAGCUAUCCCUUUACGUUCAGAGUUGUUCUGAUGUGGCAGAAAUCUGCUUUGGACCUGAUCCCACUCUGACUGGCUUUUAGUUCUCUGAUCAGAACUAAUCUUUAUUUUUAUUCUUUUUCAGAUUGAAGUAAUUUAGACUUAUUCAUUGCAAAUAAGAUAUGAACUUGAAUAUCUUAACUUAAACACAUUAAUGCAAUAAAUAAUAAAUAAUGAACAUCUCUUAAGGAUGAUGGCUUGUGGGCCGGAUAGUAAAUCAGCAUGAACCAACUUUAAAACCAGCUUUAUUUAAUAAAAAUAUCUUCAAGAGAAAGACCACAUUUCUUUAAAAAGCUGGGUGGCUGGGGUCUGUGGAUUAAUGGAACAAAUCUGCCUUUGACUUGAGCCUGCUCCUAUUAGGUAUUAGCUUGACUCAUCGGUGAAAACUGUUUCUCCAAACCUAGGGCGUAUAGAAGGCUAAAGGCUACUGACUGCUAAUAAUACCUCCCCAAAACCUCGCUAUAAUUAAUCCAAACUACAGAAAUCUGCUUUGGUCCUGAAUCUGCUGUGAUUAGCUGUUAGCUUAGCUCACCAAUGGAAGUGUAUCUUUUUUUUUAAGAUACGACGGCUAAUAAUAUCUCCUUAAAAUCUCAGUUUAAAUUAUUCAAACUAUUCCUUUAAGGUUGGCGUUGCUUUAAGGUAGCAGAAAUCACCUUUGUACCUCAUCUUUCUAUGACUAAUCGUUAGCUUAACUCAUCGGUGAAAACUGAUCACUCUUUCACCUCGCUAAAGUAAUUCAGUAAACCACCACAAGGAAGAUAUUAUUAGCCCGACAAUUCAAAAUAUGAGUUUAAUAUUGGGGUUGGUUAUAAAUCUGCCAAUUAAAACUACUCUCUGUAUCUCCAGACUUAGGUUGUUAGGAAAACCGCAACUAAUCUGCUGACUGCGAAUAAUAUCUCCUCAGAACUUCACCUAAAUAAUCCCAAACAGUACUUUAAGUUAAGCUCUUGGAGAUAAAGUCCAACACAAUAAGCAGGUUCAGCAUCCCCAGACAUAUCGUUAUCCAUCUUUUUGGGGGUGAACAGGAGUACUAAGCACAAAGAUUAUGCCACUGUAAUCACUGCUGAGAAGGAAAAUGAUAAAUCUUAAAUUUAGCCAUGAAGUCUGUGUACGUUACAAUGAUAGUACUCCUGAAGCUUGCCUGCAAUCGGCAAACAAAAAUGUACUGUACGCUAAAGAUCUCAGUCACUUUUAGCUGUUGAUGAGUUUCUAUGCAGCUUGAUGUAGCUUAGAGUGAGCAGGUUGUUUAAGCAAAGCUGCAUGGUGGAGCAGAACAUCUGUAAAGACAGCAGAGGAACCAAACAUUAUCAUAAUUAAUGUAAAUUACUCACUGAGUGCCAAACUUAAAGUCAAGAUUGUAACUCAAUAGGAAAUAACUGAGAAAAAAAUGAAGCUAUGUUACCAAGGUGCUUGAUGUAUAAAACUACACCUAUUUUUGAGCCUAGACGCUUUUGCACAUAGAAAGGAAGCAAAACUAUAUGAAUCAUGUGAAGCAAUCAGCACUACUUGUAAAAACAACUGUAAUGGAAAUAGACUUGUUUGUUUCCACUUCCUUAACAUGUUUAAGGUGAAAUUAUAACACAUACCUUAUGUUUAAUUUAUGUUAUUUUUGGCACAUCCGAUCACCAAAUGAACACACAGGUACAGGAACGCAUCGCUGGUUAUUAUCACUGUCGGGGGGAGAAAACCCUACAUCACUGCUGUACAAUACUAUCAGAUACUGUCAGUUUCAUUCAAUCUAGUUAAACCAGGUGAAAUGUUGUGAUUCUCACUCCAGUAUCAGUGAUGAAAGACAACAACGUUUAGCUUUUGCAUGUGAGGCUGUUUGGAUCAGCUGCUUUGAGUGUUUAUCUGCCGUUUGAAUCCCGAAGAUGUCAAAUAUGUGCCGUGUAAGGCCUAAAAUGGCAUUUCUUUUUACUUUCAGAUGCAGAGUGAGUCUCUCCUGUAUGCAUGUGCAAGUGUGUCUUUUCAGUGGGUGUUUUUAAAACGACUUUUACUGGCGCAGAUUCACAGUGUUGUAGAAAAUGAAACAGAAUAACUGAAAGGUGACAUUUUAGACUAAACUGUCUUUUGUCUGUGGUCACCCCUAAAAUUCAGAAUUAAAUGAUAGUAUUUUCCAUUAGCAAAUUUCCUUUAUGAGUGUAUGUGUUGGCCAAGUAAAGUCAAUUUAAAAACAACUAAAGUUCAGGAAAAUUAACCAGUAAAAUACCAUUGCUUUUGCAAAACAACUGUACAAUGGCUUUAGAAUAAUAAUAAUAAUGAAAAUAUAGCUUUGAAUAUAUAGAUGAGCUCAAAGAAGAGUGUCCAGAGUCACAUGCCUGAAAUGAAAGUUAACAUAAAAUUUGAAUGAAAUUCAAUUAAAUUUGUGGCAGAUCACGACAUAAAAAUAUGUUUACUGAAGAGGAACCCUUACCUCAAGAGUUUAAUACAAAUUUGUGUCAUGUAAAAUUUGGAAACAAAUCCUGUGGACCUAUCUGGAACAUUUAAGCGUUUGACUUUGUGUCAAAACUAAAUAUUUAUUUGGCUUAAAAGCUUUACUGCAAAGCUAAAGUAUGUAAUCUGUAAAUGGAGACUGAAUGAAUAAAAGAUGCAACUACUAAA